AUGAAUUUUUGCGAUGCUUUGGUCCCAUUUCGAACUGAGGAUUUUUUCGACGGAUUCUACGAUGCUUAUAAAUUUGAUCGAUCAAGGUCAACAUUCCUAAUUUACAAAUAUGUGAGCCGCACGAUUUCGGCAAUUUCUCUAAUUGUCCUCAUUUUCACGUGCCACGUCAUCGUCACCGCCAAAACCAAAGUGUUGAGCAGCUAUCGGAAUCUGCUCAUUUGCCAAAUAUGGUGCGCAUUUCUAUCGGGCAUCUGCCUAUCGAUAUCGUCGAUUCAUUCGAUCUAUCCGUUCCGAAUAUUGAUCACCGAUCGAAUUUCCGCUAUUGAUCAUCUGCCGUUCAUCUCGAUGUAUUGCUGCGUUGCGACGUCGGCAUUUCUAGGAGUCUUCUCGCUCGACGCCAUUAUCUUCAAUUUUAUCAAAUCGUCCAGAUUGAUGGUUGGAAGGCAUAACCAAGAAGAGAAAUUGUUUUAUUUUCGAUUGGCCUACUAUAUUUGUGCCGUAUUAUUCGCCAUUAUUCACACAAUCAUCAUUUUUUGUGGAGCAAUUCCGGAUAAUGAGUCAAUUAAACUGGCCUCAAUUAAAUAUGAUCCGAGACUCAUCGAAUUCUACGCGCACAAUCAUUUCGAUGUUGUUAUCAUCACCGUCGGAUGGAAAAUUAUAAAAUUCGAGCUUCUGAUGACUAUCGCUCUCAUCACAGUCGUUUUUCUUUUAUUCCUCUCAACAACCGCGUAUUACAUCAAGAAAUAUUCGUCGAUGACUUCGCAACUUGUGCAAACCCAGCAGAAGCUGAUUCUCCGAUUGGAGAUCAUCUACGCUCUCAUGUUCUAUUGUUUCCUUUCGCCGAUUAUUUUGACGGCCUGGUCGAUUUUCUUUUAUCCGCUGGAAUAUUUGAAGACAUUUCCCACCUAUUUUCUUGCCCUUCUUCCCAUCAACAUGUCGUCAUUCUUCAACUGCAUCGCCCAAUUAUGGAUUGUCAAGCCUUAUCGAGUGUUGGCCGUUCAGCUUCUCACCGGAAAAUCGGAGAAAUUUACGAAUCGGCGGACAAGAAUUGAUCGCUGCGAGACACUGAACACCGACUACGUGUGCCUUUAA